UUUGUUUUUUAAUGUUUCAGCUUUGUAGCAUUACAGUAAAAGCAAAUGUUUACUCAGCGAAUGUUUGGUACAGUUGCCUUGUAAGCAGUUUGGGAUUCAUAUGCUGACUGUUUCAGUCUCAUCAUUGAAAGAAUGAAGGAGGGAUGGAGUGAGGAUAGAACAAAGAGAGUUAAAAGUGAGAGAACAAAAGCAGGGGGCUGCUCUUUGUCAGCUUUCCCAUGAGGACUACCCUGCUCUGCUCUUUCAGCAAACCUGGCAGGGCUAUUUCAGGGAGAGAAGAAUGCAGGUUUCGACAUUCUCUACCACAACAUGAAGCAUGGACAGAUCGCCACCAAAGAGUUGGCAGAGUUUGUGCGUGAGAGGGCGGCCAUCGAGGAGACAUACUCGAAAUCCAUGAGCAAGCUGGCCAAGAUUGCUAGCAAUGGAAGCCCUCUCGGCACGUUCGCCCCGAUGUGGGACGUGUUUCGCGUGUCCUCGGACAAACUGGCCCUCUGCCACCUGGAGCUCAUGAGGAAGAUGAAUGACCUUAUCCGUGACAUCAACAAGUACAACGAGGAGCAGGUCAAGAUUCACCGCAGGACGAAAGAGGAAGUGAUCGGGACUUUGGAGUCAGUGCAGUCUCUUCAGGUGCAGAACACCCACCUGCAGAAGGCCAGAGAAAGCUAUCACAGCAAGUGUGUAGAGCUGGAGAGACUGCGCAAAGAAGGAGUGCCUCAGAAAGAGCUGGAAAAGGCUGAGCUGAAAUCUAAGAAGGCAGCUGAGUCUUUUGCAGGGUCUAUUGAGAAGUUUAACCGAGCCGGAAGGGACUUUGAACAGAAAAUGAGUGAAUCAGCACAGAAAUUUCAGGACAUUGAGGAGGCUCAUUUACGUCAGAUGAAACUGCUGAUCAAAGCGUUUUCACACUCAAUUGAAGACACACACGUACAGGUUGGACAGGUCCAUGAGGAAUUUAAGCAGAACGUGGAGAACAUUGGCAUUGAGAACCUCAUUCAGAAGUUUACAGACCAGAAGGGAACAGGGAAGGAGAGACCCGGUCCAGUAGGGUUUGAGGAAUAUCUGUCCCCUCUUGUAUCUGAGAACAGUAAAAAAAGUCGUGCUAAAGCCUUCAGGAUCCCUGGACUGGGAAAGAAAGACAAGGAACCGGAUUCAAUAGAUUCAGCUGUGGCAGAUGCGCUUAACUCACCCCUCGAAGUGGACGACGAGGGCUUUAUAAUACGUGCAGAUGUCAACCAGAAUGGUUGUGCUGCUGAGGAGAAGGAGGGAAAUUUUUACUCCAGCGACUCGGAUUUCGAUGAUGAUGAACCCAAGAAGUUUCACAUCCAGAUCCGACCGGUUGCCAGCAGUAACCGUAGCAACUCAGCAGCCAAUGAACAGGAGUUGAAGGCCACAGUGGGGGCGCUGACCCUGCCCCCUAACAGAGCGGUAUCAGUAAAGAAGCAGCUCUCACGGAACUCCAGUUCAGCAGGUCGAUCUGAAGGGGAAGGGGAAAGUGUUCCCCAGAGAGAUGGAGAACAGGAGGUUCUGCGCAGAUCCACAUCCAGCCCAGAUCACAGCAGGCUGAGUUCCACAGCAUCCGGUUCGGACGCUCUGUUUGGACCUCCUCUGGAGUCGGCCUUUAAAUCUCACAGCUUUGCUGGCAGAGAGCAGCUCCAGAAGGCCUUUGCUGCGUCUGAAUAUGCAGCGUUCUCUUCUGAUUCAUCCUCUCCUGAGAAUGUGGAGGAUUCCGGACUGGAUUCGCCUUCCCAUCAGCCCCUUGGGGCUUCCCCAGAGCCUACCGGUUGGGCAGCAUGGCCAUCCACUCAGUCUCAAUCUAAAGACUCUGUAAACUUGAGCCGAUCCUCUGACCCCUUCCUCGCUGCGUUCCGUGACCCCUCACCCGGUCGAUCUCCUCUUCCACAGGAUGACCCCACAAAAGCCUGGCCUUCCAAUCUACGUUCUCCACAUGCCCCACCUGGUAUCGAGCCCACCACCUUCAGCUUCCCGGCCUUCUCCCACAGCCUGGCGUCUUCAGAGCUGGAGCCCUCUGUGUGGAGCUGUAAACACAUUCCUCCAGAAGACCCCUUCCUGGAUGCUUUUGAACGCUCUGCCCUCAAAGGCAACCUUCCUCCACCGGAUGCCUGGGCCCCGCCUCCCCCUCGGCCCACCAGGGACAGCAGGGGCAUGGAAGACCACACCGAUCCCUUUUCUGUCUCUAUGAAUGACACUAAAAGCCUCCCUCACCCAUCCUCCUCCCGCAAAGACCGAGACAGAAAGAGAGAACAAAAAAAAGAAAAAGUCCCACCUCCAGAGUCCCCAGAUGAUCCUUUCGCUAUUACUAUGAUCGGUAGUCCAACUCACCAAUCAUCGCUGGCAGCGCAGACGGCUGCACAAGGCAGAGCCAGUAGUAAUAAGCCGACGCCCAGUCCUAACCCCGCCUCUAGUUCUCAGCCGAAGAAAGAGCUGGUGCACUGGAACUCAGUGCAUAACCCUUUUAGUGAGGGCACUACAAAAAACACUGUCACACAAGAGUCCACCAGAAAACAGAGAUCUUUUCACGACGAGCCUCGCAGGAAUGGACCACCACUCACACGGCAUUCUGGGCCACAGGAGGAUCUCUGCUUCUCUACAGACAAGGACCAGAAUUUCCUGGAUAUUAACACACAACCAGUAUCCCAGCAUGGAUUCAGGCAGGACAGCACUGAGCGUCUGGCCCUGGCUCCCCCUCGGUCGGUUCGGCCCAAGCGCUCCUCAGGCAGACUCAGUGGCUGUGAGCGGUCUAGGUCCCUGUGCUCGUCUCCGUUGCCUGAGCCCAGUCCUCCCCUCACCUCUUCAUCCUCCUCCAGUCCCAGCGAAUGGGGGGUGCAGAACCGUGUUCCCAGCCCAGCCCGAGGUUUGUCUCGAGGGCCCAGUCCAAUUUCUCUGAGCACUCAGGAGUCUUGGCCUGUAGCUGCAGCAAUCACGGAGUACAUCAACGCCUACUUUAAAGGAGGAGAGCACAACUGCUGUCUGGUUAAGAUCACCGGUGACCUCACUAUGUCCUUUCCUGCUGGCAUCAUCCGCAUUUUCACCGCCAACCCCAACGCACCAGUAUUAAGCUUCAGAUUGGUGAAGAUCUCUCGACUGGACCAAUUGUUACCCAACAAGAAGUUACUCUACAGCGACCCAUCACAGAGUGACCCGGACACCAAGGAUUUCUGGUUCAACAUGCCGGCCUUGACGCUCCACCUGCAGAGAGAGGCAGAGCUCAACCCACAGGCCUCCUAUUACAAUGUGGCUCUGCUAAAAUACCAGGCGUCCUCUCAGGAUCCGGGCCGUGCACCCCUGCUGUUGUCCGCCGAGUGUCAGCGCAGUGGAACAGUGACCCGUGUGUCUCUGGACUACCACUGCUGUCCCGCUACCGCCCCUGCCACCCAGCUGACCUCUGUACAAGUGCUGCUGCCCCUCGAUCACACGGCCACCGACCUGCAGUGCCAGCCGCCCGCAUCCUGGAACGCAGAGGAAAGACGACUUCUGUGGAAAUUGUCCAACCUUUCUCCGACAAAUCACAGCAAAGGGUCUGGCACAUUGUGUGCCAGCUGGCAGUGCCUGGAGGUGCCCCGUGGUCCUCCGCCGAGCCUGGCUGUGCAGUUUGUGGGAUCGGGGGCUUCUCUCGCAGGCCUGGACGUGGAGCUGGUGGGCAGCCGCUACCGCAUGUCCCUGGUGAAGAAGAGGUUUGCCACAGGAAAAUACAUGGCUGGCUGUUCUUUGUGAGCGGUGAUGGUGACUGCUUCAUUUCCACAGAGGCACAAAGUUUGCACUUUUUAACCCCCCUGGGCUGCUGGAACUUUUUCCUCAUGUUGUAUUUACAGUGUGAUGUGUGGGAAACCACUAAUACCCAUGAUGCAUUACUCUAGGACAAGAAUGCACUGGAAUUAGGGACCCCAAUCAGCCUCUACUUUUAUCUCUAUCAAGUUUGAAGAACUGGAUGUAUACUUCGUUUCAUUUUUAGUGCAUAUUUGUGAAUGUAGAUGUACAAUGGAUAUAAAGUUCUGAUAUUUACAGAAUGUAUGUAUGUUGAAUAUUCAAGAAAGGUUUAAUAUGAAAAAUAUGUCUACUUGUGUCAAUUAUAACACAGCAAGCAUCAGAGACCAAAGUGGUUUUCACAAAUUUAUUACACUUUUUACCAGUACAAAAUACAGUCGAACUAAGCGGUUGAGGCUUUAUUUAAUAAAGAUUUUUUUUAAAGACACAAAAAUAAGGUUUCAUAUAGUGAGAAGAAUUGCAUUUACCUCCAUAAAAAUAAUCCUUAGCCAGAAGCUUUAAAACAGCAUAAAAAAAAUAAAAAUAAAAAAUACACUGAGCAAAUUCCCUUCCCAAUAGCACACAACAGGCAAAGAACCAUGACAGGCUUAAAGUACAGAGCCUGACACUCACAACCAACCACAGUGAGAAAACAUCUGCCAAUCACUUCUCAGAAACAAACACAGAGCUAGUAGAAAUGAAGUUUAUCUUUGUAAAUAGCAGAGAGGGACAUGUAGGGUGCUCAUUACGGGCCGCUACCAGGCACCAGUAAAGAUCCCAACCGGGUUCAGCACAACAUCGUCCAAAACAAUUACAGACAUAUCCUGAAAACGACAUAUCUCCUGAAAAUAUUUCCAGCUUUAUGUCAGCCAAGUGGGCACACGGUUUCCAUUACAAGCGUGAAAACUAAAACAUCAGAUGUACAGCACCAGGUGAUGAGACGUAUCUGUAAGAAUCUGCAUAUUCUGUCAUAUAUCUAUUUUGGGUUUUCUACAUCUUCUAAAAAAAGCUUUUAGCAAUUACGUAGCUUUUAAUUUUUUCUCUUUUUUUUUUGCAAUUACAUUUACACAAUAUCUACUUAAAUAUGUGUAGGAAGUUAUUUUAAUCAAUAAU